UGUUUGGUUUGACACUAGCUCGGCCCCUAUAUGGGGACUGAUCUGCAUAAUUUCGCAUGCAGACUCCACAGCUGGACGGGAGCCAAGAUGCAUUGCAGAGCUCGGAUAGGAUAGUGUGUCGUCAUCACCAGUGUCUCCCCCCAUGCUGAACACGCCAUCCCACCACCACUCCCCUCCUCCCGCCACAUUGCUAUUCAUGUAGAAUGUUCAGGUCCCCUCGGGUUUGCAUGGCUCUGUUGUCCUGCGCGUGGACCUACCAUUGAAUGUUUGUUCAUUCACCCGGAGCUUCAUCCAACCUUCGCCCCUGUAGUCUUCCAACCGGAGCCGCGGUGUUGGCGAUUUGAUAUAUAUUUAUCUAUACACCCAUAAAGAAGGUCUUCCAGUUGGAGUAAUAAUAAUAACAGCGUCACAAACCAUGGCGAGGCGACGACGUAGCGACAGAUAGACUUCCCGAUGACGGUGGACGUUUGUGAGACGCAGUGCCCCCCGUGUGUCGACGCCUCUCGGAACGCGCAGAUCGUUUCACCGAUGAAUUCGCUGAGCUACCACCCGCCUAUCCUGGGAAACAUGCAGUACCACAGCAAGAUCCUUGCCAAGUACAUGAAGAAAUACCCGGCGGGAAGUCGGAUUCCCAAACUCAACAACAGUGCUUCCUCUUCUUCUUCUAGCUCAGAACAUGGCAACGGUACCUCACAGCAACCGCCCAGUAGUUUCUACAAGGGAUACUUUGCCACGAACAGGGAGCUCAAGGAUGUGAAUAACAGGAUAACUGACUUGGAGAGAGUACUGUCCAACCGACUGGAGAGCAUCACCAAGAGGUGGACGGAUUGUCUCAGGAUCCUGCGAGACGACAUCUUCCUACACAUCUCCUUACUUCACGACAGGAUAGACAGCCUGGAAGCUAAGCUGGGUGUACCUGGGCCCUCAGCCGCCCCCCUGACCCCCAUUUCUGAGUUGUCUCAAGAGUCAUUGUCCUUCCAGUCACUGGACAAGGCCCAGUCCCAGUCGGAUGUCCGCGAUCCCAAACUGAAGAAUCUGGACGUGCACGACGUGUGCGAGCGUCUGGCCCAGCUGGAGGGGAUCAACCCGGCAGAACUGCCAAGAUAUCACAAGACUAUCCAGGAGAACAACAUCAACGGUCCUGUGCUCCUGCACUGUGAGCUGGACGAGCUGAAGGUGGUGAUGAACAUGAAGUUCGGAGACUGGCAGCUCUUCAGGGCCUACAUCGUGGAGACCAGGCACAAGGAGAGGUUCGGCCACGUCAAGGUUGAGGAGGAGUUUAUAGAAGACACCAUGGAGCUAGCAAGCAGUAGAGCCAACCUCUACCUGCCAUCCAUGGUCAAGGGCGGCAGCGACACGUCCGGUUCCCAGGAUUCCCUGCUGGCGGAGUUCGGCCACCUCAGUCCCCAGGAACAGAUCCAGUACCAGGGUGCACUGCAGGCAUACCUGGAUAGCAUAGAGAACCAGACAGUGUCCGUCCGGUCCAAAAUUCCUGUCCGAAGGAGCCCCAACACGACCGAUGACAAGAAAUCGGUGGAGGAGGAAAAGUACCAGUCCAGAAUCCCCCGGCUGGGCAGCAGCAAGCACGACUUGUCAUCGCUCCACUCAGGCAGCGACGAGAGCCUCCACGGACAGCCCAAGUCAAGGUCGCACUCAAUGGAGAAGCUGCGCCAGUCGCCCCGACCACGCAGCUCGACACCGCCCCGCGACCCCUCGCCCCGAACGAGGGCGAAGGUACACACAGUACAGUCCCCAUCGUAUUCUAUGAAGAGCUCCUUCCGAAGGAGCUGGAGCGGCACCAGCCCCCCCACGGUUGGUUCCGAGGCGAAACCCUCGCCGGAACCCGGCACAGACUCUCAGGGCAAGGGCCUGCCUAGGCUCAAAACCCUCCCCACGGACUUUGCCACGGUCGUCAUCCCCAACAGUGAGAGCUCCGAGCUAGAGGACCUGACGGAUAUGUCCCCUCUCGUUACAGAUGCAACCGAGAAGGAGGGCCAACACGGCAUUGGGAAGAUUGGGCGCACGUUGGAGAAUAUCGCCAGCGCCUUUCGAACCCCACGCACAAGCGCCAAGUCAAACAAAGACGACGCGGAACCCCUCCUGGACAUGGAAGAGGGGGAGGGCAAGGGCGCGGCGUCACAAUCUGACUCAAAGACACUGACCCAGCUCACCCACUCGAGUUCAGGAACCCUCACAGAGGUCACCCCCCUCCCCACCCCCGACCAGGCUGUAGAUAGACACUUAGACAUGAAGAACCCUUCAGACAGUUCCCUGUGGAGAAAGAGAAAACACAUUCCUUCUGUGUCGGAUGACAGUCCCGCUGGAGAGAAGGACGAUUCUGGCCCUCAGGCCAGACUAGCAGGCGAGAAACCUGGCGCAGUCCAGGACGGAAGGAACGGGAACAGGAGAAACAGGAGCCAGGAGAGAGAACAAGGCGUCGAGGACAAUCGAAGGAACAGAAACGAUAACGAUGGAGCCCUACGGCACGCCGACUCUUACUCCGCCAACAGACCUGCGACGUUGUCGACAGAAAACGAACAGUCCCCGAGCAAACAACAACAACAGGAGAGCUUCGACGACUCUUCAGAGAAGAAGAAGGGGACGAAGUUGACAAGAAGAGAGUCCGGGAGGCAGAAAAGCAGGCUGCCGGUUUUCAGGACUGGAUCAGGAACAGCCCCCGGACAGGAAUCCCCCGCAGGCACCAAGCGACAGAGCCCCGAGAGCACGCCGUUCGGCUCCAAGAAACCGAGCACACUGAGUAUGACGAAGGCUGACCUGGAGUUGAAGGGAAGUGAUGACGAGACAGCAGGGAGUUCGGGACAAGUCAGCAUUACCAUGAACGAGCUGGCUUCCACAGGAGAGACAGUGUUGUAACACUGUUGUAACAUGUGUUGUAACGUUAGUUGACCUUUAUCCGUGGGGUAACCUAUGUCCGUUGUUUUUACAACAGGGUACUGAGGGAUAUUGACGGAUGGUGGUAUCGAACUGCAAUAUUUUGAAAAUACAGUUAUUUCAAACCAUCCUCCGUCGACUUGAUAUCCCUAAAUAUCCUGUUUUUAGAAACAACGGAUAUAGGUUACCCCGCAGCUAGCGUUAACCAAAAUCGAACUGUACAUCAAAUAAUUUGUAUUGUAAAGUUGGGAGUUUUCUUGAACAAGGUUUGACUAUGACAUUCCUGCAUCUUGCCACUUGAUAUCUAUUGAAAAAAAAUCAAGGGAAAAAAAUCUAGCAAAGAUUUCUAUUAACAGUUAUUAGUGAUUGACUUUGGCGUUGUAAUCCGUCAGAGUGACCUUUUGACCUGUUUCAAAUUUUUAUUACAAUAUAAUGUUGCAGUGACUUGUAUUCUCAGAUGACGAUGCAAGAAAAUUAUUAAGACUUUUGCCUUGUGGGGAGGCAUGAGCAACGUAAGACCUGGUAAUCUUCACCUUUGACCUCUAUAGGGGAUGAUGUUGAGUUUGGGGUUGUCUGAUAUUAUUACCCAGAAUUCCUUCUUGCUGGUAAUGUAAAUCUGGGAUUUCAGCAAGAAAAGGUUUCUUGAAAAUUAAUGACAUUUAUGUACAGCAAUCUUUAAUAAUGAUGGCCCUAAAAGGGCAACACUCAAGGAUCUCAGAAUGUAUUCUUUUAACGACUGUACUGUACUUGACCUUGGGGCACUCAGAGCUUUGUGACAUCGAGUCGAACUUGACCUCCAACGUGGAUGCCGACACUCGUGGCACGAUACUUCAGUGUACAGAUCUCUAAUUUAUUGGACUUGCCAGUUGUGUGUACAAACGUUUCGAUGUGCUGUCCUGUAAUAGUGACGAUCAGACGUCUUCUUGCAUGUAAGCCGCAAAAUGCUCUCACGUAAAGCAACGCAGUGUUUGUUGUGCUGUAUGUUAAUAAUGCCCAAUCAUUGUAACCAUGCACAUUUAUACAAAAAAAAAAGAUACAUGGUAUUGAAGGGAAAAGAAAGAAGACAAAAAAAGAGAAAAAAUCCCGUUUUCCCGAAGUUUUCCCGAAGUUGAAGCAAGAAACGUGUAGAAAACUAGGUAAGAGUGAGAACAGCCUAAGGUAACGGAUCUGCUCAGGUGUGUUAGUGAUGACGUUUGUUAUCCAAUCGUGGGAUGUUUCCUCAUUCCAUUGGCAUUGUGACGUUGGUAGGACAUACGUAGUGUACAAAAUGUAGUUCUGAUGGCCACCGUAUGGGAUCAGACAUGGAGAAUUUUGUUCCAGAAAUAUAAUUUAAUUGCAUUGAGUCUUUCCAUGAACCUAUGAGGUACAAAUACACCUUUUAAACAUGUAUUAUAUAAACACGAUGUUGCAAAAAGUUUGUUUCAGGGUAUAGUAACUGUUGUUUUUAACAGAGGAUUUUUGAGAGAAUGCAGUCCCGAAUGUUGUAGUGUUUAUGGCAGCAGGGUCUGCUGAGUUGUUUUUUUCUUCAAUUUUUAGUCACUACAAAUGAAUUUAUUAUGGACAGUUUUUGUCUUUCCUUGAAGGUCAUUAGAGUGACCUUGAAUACAUCAGUGUUACCGAGGAUUGUUAAGUCAUUAGGUUAUUCCGUAGUACAAUGUACAUCAAUUUUACAUGCUACAAAUGUUAACCAUGAUUGUGUCCAAAGGAUAUGGAUUCUAUAGACAAGAAGAAUCUUGAGUUGAAUCUUGAGUAGAAUUGCUGCUUUUGGAAAUUUUGUGAUUUAUCUGUUAAAUUAUAUUCAUAUUUGAAACUUUAUCGAAAUUUACACGUACCACCUUUGAUAUGAUGCAACUUGACGGUUUUAGUUUGUUGGUUUUUAUUCACAUUUUCUUAAUCGAUUUUUGGGAAAACCAGUAUAUGGGAUUGUUUGACAACUGGGCUUCUCCUGAUCAUGUGUUAAUUCUCCCCAGUAGACAUGACUCAAAAACAUUAUUAGUAAAUUGGAGUAGGUAAGGAGAAAUAUAUAGAUGAUCUUCCUUUCGUUGCAGUGGUAUACAAGUAGCCCACUUGAAAACAAGACACCGAGUAUGUUACACUUGUUAUGACACUGAAAUCAGUAUGAAUUAUAGCAGACUGAUUAGAAGUACUUUAUUUGACAGAAAGUGGUCAUCAUAGCUGCAAGUAAACACUGUUCUCAUGUGCACUGUAAAUCACGACAUGUAGGCAUAAGUGUGUGCCCAUGCUGCCCUCCCCCGCUCAGCCACAAAGGUGGUACAGUCCCACCAAUCAGGAGGCAUUGGAGGAAGUAACCCGACCCAUGGCAGCCAUAUGUACUGUUGCUAGGUGACAUGUUGAUGCUGUUUUCUAGUUGGUGUUGUGCAAAAUGAUGCCAGCCGCUUUUGCAAGCCAUGCCCGUGAAUAUCCCGUAGCCAUAGCAACCAAAUUACCAUAGCAACCAUGGAACCCAACUGUUCUGUUGGCAAACUUUUUGCACAACACUGACUACAUAUUAAGUAGCAUCAUCAGUUGCUUGUCUGGGGGGUAUUGGUAAAACUUGAGCCUUUUGGCACAAACUUGUACUGGGGGCAGGGAGACGACUUAGCACAUCUUUGUUGUGGUUGAAAUGUGCCAAGGAGUAAAAAGAAUGUAAUUUGUAUGGCACCAUUUUGUAGUAGACUUCAUUGUGAGAAUCAUCUGAACAAAUCUGACCUGAGUGCUGAAUACCGUUGGAUAAACGUAUUUGACAUUUGUAAGACCACAACUUCAUCUCUUACUUGCUACAUGCAGGAUUUAAUAUACUUCAGUUCAGAUGAUCACACCCCGGCUGCCAUAGAAACAGUUGCUAGGGACUGCCAUAGAAACAGUUGCCUGGGACCGCCCUGAGUUGUGGAAAGGCAGGGGAGUGCAGCAUGCUGCACAAACUGUCACAAUAAACAUCACGUGUACAUGAA